AUGGCAGGAGGAGGAAUUGCCGGAGCUCCCGGAGUUGGCAAAAAUUACCCUGGAAAACUCACCGCCAAGGUUCUUACGACAUGCAUUGUUGCUGCUUUCGGCGGUUUGAUCUUCGGCUAUGAUCUUGGAAUUUCAGGUGGUGUAACCUCCAUGGAUUCUUUCCUGAGUCAGUUUUUCCCAUCGGUUUAUGCAAAGGAGUCUUCGGUGACAGCAUCCGAUGACCAGUACUGCAAAUUUGACAGUGAAAAGCUGACAUUCUUUACUUCGUCGCUGUAUAUUGCGGCUCUGGCUUCAUCUAUUGUCGCGUCGAGCAUAACCCGAAAGAUGGGAAGGAGAGUGACGAUGAUGCUCGGAGGAUUAUUGUUCUUCAUCGGAGCAAUUAUCAACGCCGCCGCUAAUCAUGUCUGGAUGCUUUAUUUCGGCCGUAUCUUGCUUGGUUUUGGCAUUGGAUGUGCCAAUCAGUCUGUGCCGAUUUACGUGUCUGAGAUGGCACCAUACAAGUACAGAGGAGCUCUGAAUAUAAUGUUUCAGAUGUCGAUUACAAUUGGGAUUCUAGUGGCCAACUUGCUGAACUAUUUCUUUGCCAAGAUUCCUGGCGGUUGGGGCUGGCGAUUGAGUUUAGGCGGCGCUUUCGUCCCUGCUCUCAUCAUCCUCGUCGGCUCUUUCUUCCUCUCCGAAACACCCAACUCCUUGAUCGAGCGCGAGAAAUAUGACGAGGCUAAGGAAUUUCUUCUCAAAAUCCGUGGCGUCGACAAUGUCGAUGAGGAGUUCAAUGACCUUGUCGCCGCCAGUGAGGCGUCCAGGAAAGUUAAGCAUCCAUGGGCCAAUAUAACAAAGAGACAGUACAGACCGCAGCUCACCAUGGCUAUUUUCAUCCCCUUAUUCCAGCAACUUACAGGAAUGAAUGUGUUUGUUUUUUAUGCCCCUGUUCUUUUCAAGACUAUGGGUUUUGGAGCCAAUGCCUCGCUCAUGUCCGCUCUGAUUACCAGUAUCGUAAAUAUGGUAGCAACGUUGGUAUCUAUUUUUAGUGUGGACAAAUAUGGAAGAAGAACUCUUUUCCUUGAAGGUGGAAUUCAAAUGUUCAUCUGCCAGAUGGUGAUGACAGUCGCCAUUGCAGUCAAGUUCGGAACCACUGGCAACCCUGGAGUCCUGCCUCAGUGGUAUGCUACACUUGUAGUCGUAGCCAUGUGCAUUUACAUCGCCGGUUUUGCCUGGUCAUGGGGGCCUCUGGGUUGGCUCGUGCCGAGUGAAAUAUUCCCUCUCGAGAUCAGGUCUGCGGCACAGAGUAUCAACGUGUCAGUCAACAUGUUGCUGACUUUCGUCGUCGCGCAAGUCUUCACCGCCAUGCUCUGCCACAUGAAGUUCGGUCUAUUCAUCUUCUUCUCUGUGUGGGUGGUGAUCAUGACUAUUUUCAUCCACAAGCUCUUGCCGGAGACGAAAGGAGUGCCGAUUGAGGAGAUGAAUAUUGUCUGGCAAAAGCACCCUUUCUGGCGUAAAUACGUGAAGCCUGCCGAGGAUAGAGAUGAAUGCGAGAUGGGCGGCAAGACACCUUCUGUUUGA